AUGAUGAAGUGGAGUUCAACCCUCGCCUCGCUGUUGCCCCUGACGGCUAGCUGGUCCCUUGCCGAACCUUGCGCUCCAGUUCCCCCUGACUUCUCCCUGACUCCCGCCCAGCCAAGAGGCACCCGAGAGCUCCCCGACCCUUUCGUCAACGUCGAGGGGAACCGCAUCAGCAAGAAAUCCGAAUGGGCUUGUCGACGAAGCGAGCUCGCCCAGCUCGCACAAACUUACGAACUCGGACCCAUCCCCGGGCCACCCACCUCGCUUGACGCCUCGGUGGUUAACAACAACCAGCUCAUCAUCACCAUCAGAGUGGAUAGCAAGACGACAAAUUUCACCGCCAAUAUUACCUACCCUACCACGGGUACCCGCCCUUACCCAGGCUUCAUUGUCAUCGGCGGAUCGCCCAGUAUCCCCAUCCCCGCCAACGUGGCCCGGGUCAAUCUCCCGCUAGACUCCCUGGCCAACUUCGCAAGCUCCUCUCGCAACAUUGGGCGCUUCUUCGACCUGUACGGCGCGAGCCACGGCGCGGGCACUACUGCGGUCGGCGUCUGGGCAGUGUCGCGGGUGAUUGACGCGGUCUCACUCGCGGCCAAGACCGGUGCGGUCGCCAUCGACCCGGCACGGCUCGGCGUGACAGGUUGCUCGCGCAACGGACGGGCGGCACUGGCAGCGGGCGGGUUCGACGAGCGGGUGGCGCUGACAGUGGUGCAGGAGACGGGCGCCGGGGCCGACUCGUGCUACCGGCUGCGGGACGACGACAAGCCGCGGUACGACGUCUGCAAUUCAGUGGAGUGUCCCGGGACAGACCAGGGGCAGGCGCGUGUCUUCUUAGACCGGUUUAUGAAUAACCCAAGUGGCUUGCCGUUUGACCGCCACUCGGUUGCGGCGCUGGUGGCUCCCCGCGCGCUCCUAGUCCUGCAGGACGAUUUAACCUUCAACCAACCCCGGUCUAGCUUCCAGUGCAUGGGCGCGACCAAGAAGGUGUAUGAGGCGCUUGGGGUGUCGGAGAGGAUGGCCGUGUCGCUGAGGGGAGGCCAUGAGCUGUGUAAGUUCCCCAAGGAGCAGCAAGGGCUUUUGGAUGCGUACAUAGGGAAGUUUCUGCUCGGAGAGGGAGGGGAUGUGGGUGAGACUGAUGUGGUGGAGAUGAAUAGCUCAUGGCUUAAGCCGGGCGACAUUAGGCCGGCGUAUAGUUGGAGAGCUCCCAAGUUGGAGUAG